AUGACGCUGCGCGGCACUAUUACUAAGAUAUGGAAAGACAUGGAGAGGGAACAAGUUAAAAAGCAAACCGCCGCGGAACAGGCCGGGGGAGCCGCCCCAGCCCAGCACGGAGGCAGCCGGCUGCUAGCCGGGGAGCGGUCUCGGGACGUGGAGCCUGGCCGGGGGCGGCAGGAUGCAGCAGGGCGCGGCGCCGGCCGUGCUGGUCACCAGCAGGAGGAAGAGGAAGAUGAAGAAAAUGAAGAGUUAGAUUUUUUCAAAGAGGAGAGGACAUCCAAUAUACUCCCUUGGUUUGGGUUAGUAAAAGAUUUGGAUGCUGAAAAAGAGGAGGAAGAGGAGGAAGAAGAUGUAGAUCCUCUUGGCAUAAUCAGAUCUAAAAAACCUAAGAAGCCUGCAGCUCCUGCAGCCAAGGAAGACAAGCCCAAGUUAACCAUUUUUGAUGAGGAAGUAGAUCCUGAGGAAGGAUUAUUUGGCCCAGUAAAAGAUUUUUCAUCUUCCAGUUCCAAGAAGAACUCGUCAGCCAAAGAGAACCUGAAAUUAUUUGAAGACCCAGACCUCGGUGGGACUGUUAAACUAGGCGAUUCACUGCUGCUGCCAACGGCCUGUGAGAACAAGGACUAUGUGCUAAGCACCAGCCUUAAAGAGGACACAGAGGAGCUAUUGAGGGUUGAAGAGGAUUUAGAGAAGCUCUGGAGAGUGAGUUCCAAGCCAAAACCCAGGCUGCCACAUAAACCAGCAUCGCUUAAGAAGCCAUUAAUCACCACUAAGAACAAUGUUAGUCCAGCCCCUCCAGCAAAGCUGAAAGAAGACAAGAUUCAAACCAUGGACGAGGUAGACAUUCUCCAGUACAUUCAGGACAAUGAAUCUAUCAGCAACCAAGACAUGAGUCUCUUUUGAAGAGUCUGUUUCUUUUUUGUCUUCCAAGGCUGCCUUAUCCAAGUGCCAUUGACCUCGUGUGUGAGGAAGGCAGGAGUUAGUUCGAAUUCUUCAUUGUCACUACAUUUACCAACUUGUCAUGAUUAGGAGAGCAGCAAGUCUGAUUAUUUCACAAGCUCUAAGUGGUAAAGAGUAUGUGUUUCUACACAGUGCAAUUAUGGUCUAAUGUCUUAUAUUUUCAGGCUUUUUUUUUAAGAGGUGUAAAAAUAUACAACAUUAUAGAUUCUGUGUACUAUAAUCGUAUCAAAUUAUUGUAAUGCUAAUAUAGCACAGCUUUGGAUAACUGAUUACUAGACUGAAAGGGCUUUGGAUAACAGCCUAGGCUACAAGCAUGAAUACAGUUUGGUGGGGCCCCCUUCCCUCCAUUAGCUGGAUAAGAGAUGGUAUGUUUCAAUUAACUGGAAAUGUGAUCCUUUUUCUUUUGUCCAUCCUUGUAGCAACCUGCGCUCCCUUGCCGUCAUUUUAGUGAGAUGCAGCCAAUUAGUGCUUCUGUGGAUACAAAGGAGGCGGAUUUUAAUGCAUCUCCGAGAGAGAUUAAAAUCCCACAUUGCCUGACUGUUCUUCCCUUAUUCAGGCACUCAUUUUGUCCCAGAGGAAGUUGUCCCUACCCCCAGUAUAGAUACAGCCAUAUAGUGUCAAUGUCUGGUCAUUGGUUGUUCAGGUACACAAAUUCCAGCUCAGGGGACGUCUAGUGCAAUAGUGAAACCAGGCUAGACACUGCAAAUCUAUGUACAGAUUUUCUGACUACGGAUAGUCAGCGCUGGAAUUUGGUGCAGAGUUAGCAAAUGACUGGAGCUGUAUUUCAGGCCAUCUGUAGAUACACAGAUACUGAAAUGUUUAGGAAGUUUGGAUCUUUCUCCUGAUCUUAACUUCAGGGCUUGGGCCCAUCUCUAUAAAGACAUGGGAGUGGAAUGAUGCUAAAUGGUGGUCCCUUUGGUAUCUAUUUAAUUUUUAUAGCCAGGCAAGAGCAACUUUGGGGUGAUAAGACAUUUUUUAAAAAAAAUCUGUAUAUUUUGGUGAAAUUUUAGCGCCCAUGAAAAGUAAGAAAUUAACCCAGCACCUCACCAGCAGCCUACACUGCCCCUCCUAUUCCAGGGCUAGGACUCUCUUCUUGAAUGUGCUGUAUUAUAAUUUGGGCAAGUGUCUGUAACCUCAAUUGAGACCACUGAACGUAUCUUACCUGCGAACUAAAUCAGAUUGGAGGCAAGGUCUCCAGCAAUGAAAUGCUAGUAUAUUUAAGCCAUGUCACAUACCCUAAAUCUGUCUUUUUAAUGCAUAACAUCAUAAAAAGCUUAUAAAGCAUUUUAAAAAUAUAUUUUAAAUAAUUAUCAUGUUCUCUAUUAAUAAUUUUCACUUUAUUCCAAAAGAUAAUGUAUUAAGUACAUUUUUGUUUAAAUGAACAAAAAAAUCAAUAUUAGAUUUGAACCAUGUAAAACAAGAUUCACUACAAUAAAAUGAUGUGCUAACCUGUAAAUACUGUUGUUCUUUAUUAUAUCCUAAAGUAAGGAAUGAUGAGAGUAGAAAGUUGGGUUCUAAUUACCUAAGAUGUGAUGAAUGGUCCAUUUUUAUUGCCAUAUGAGUGCAGUAAAAUAUGUGUAUAAAUAAGAAAAUAUUGAAGCACUGUUCAGAUAAAGCUUACUGAUGGACACA